AUGCCCGCUAUAGGUCUACCGACUAUUGUUAUCGUUCCUGGCGCAUUUUGCAAGCCGGACAUAUUCGAUUCUCUCUUAACAUACUUGAAGGCAGCUGGAUUCACAACCCAUCUAGGGCCGAUUCCCAGCUGUGAUCCAGCCGACCCAACUGUCGCAACCUGCGAAGCCGAUAGUACAUCUCUGCGAAAUGAAGUCCUUGUACCUCUGCUAGCUAAGGGUGAGGACAUCGUCGUCUUCGCUCACUCCUACGGGGGCACAGUAGCCGGUAGUGCGAUCAAGAAUCUUGACAAGGAUACCCGUAAGAAAGAGGGUAAGGCCGCCAGCAUAAUCGGACUGAUAUACCUUGCCGGUAUCAUUUCACUAGAGGGAGAGACGGUAUUGCAGGCAGUGGGAGGUUCUUUACCGCCAUUCAUAAAGAUAGACAAGCCAGCCAAGGGUCUUUCGGUUAUUGAACCGUUAUCUAAACAUAUGAGCCCUCACGCUCUUCUGGCCUUUAAUUCCCCUGCUCUGGCGCCAGGAUGGGCAGACAGUGGCUUCGAGGGGAAAAGAGCUUACAUACGUACUGUCAAAGACUUAUGCAAUCCCUUGUGGCUGCAGGAUGUUUGGCUUGAAAAGUCAAAGGUGGAAUGGGAUGUCACUAAUCUAGAUACGGGCCAUAUGCCGUUCCUGAGCAGACCCGAAGCAUUGGCGGCGGAAAUCGUGAGGCUCAGUACUGGCUUGUUAGCAGCUUGA